AUGUUUGAAUCAAUUUUCGCUUUAUCUGCAAUCGCAUCAACAACUCUCGCUAGACUUUCUAUCACCCAACCAAUCUCUGGUGAUACGAUUGAAGGAGGUGAAGAAUAUACAGUGGAAUGGGUAGAAAGAGGAGAGGAUGUGACCUUGAGCGACAUUGGCCAAUCACAUGUCUACCUCUACGCAGGGAAUGACUCUGACUCUAUGGUUCCAUUGACCCAACUUGGUACCGUCGACGCUACUGAGAAAGAAUUCAACACUACGAUCGAUCCAGAAAUCGGUCAAAACGGAACAUACUACACGAUCCGUGUCGUUUCAGACAAUCUCCAAUCUCAAAAGCCAGAAAUGGCGCAAUACGACUACCCUUACAUUGCGUACUCUGAUAUUUUCGAACUCACUGGUAUGACCGGAACAUUCAAUGAAACACUCCUCAACGCAACUGGUGCUGAAAAGGCUAACAACGACGGUGAUAGCGAUUCGGACAACGAAGAUGAUAGCGAUUCGGACAACAACGGUGAGUCAGGCGGUGACAAAAACAACAACAACAACAACAGCAACGGUGACAAUGGUGACAACGGUGAUGAAGAUGAUGACUCAUCUGCAUCAAAGAGCAAGGCUUUCGCUGCUAUGGGUGCAACCAUCCUCGGUGCAGCAGUCUACUUGCUCUAA